UGGCAAUAGUUUUUGAAAUAUCGAAGUUGUCAGCAGUAUAUAAAAGGUUGAAAUUUGUAUUAUCGUCACAGUAUAACUAAACAAGUCUAAAGAAGUCUUAAGGCAGAAGGCUACCACAUUUAAUCUGAUUCGAUUGAUUGCUAACGUAAACUAAAAACGUUAGCAAAAUGGCAACUACAAGAUCAUUGGGUUUCUAUUUUGCCAUUUUUACCGUUCUGUCAAUAUUCGUUGACACUAAUUGUCAAACACCUUUAAGUGAGAAUGAUUCUUCAGAAGCAGGUACCUGUUUUAGUUCUAAUAGUCAGGUUGAUGUAAAAAUGGAACCAUUUUUUAAAUACGAUUUAAGAUGGAAGAAGCCCAAUCGCGAAGGUUUAAUAGAGUACAGAAUAUGUAUGUCAGUACAGGAAUACAAUAUUAUCAAAAAUGAGACAACAUUUUUGGAUGAAAAAUGUGAAUUUUAUACCAGUAGUGCUGAUUGUCCAUCUUUUACAAUGAAUACAUAUAUGAUUGGUGACUUAUUUCAAUUUUUUGUUUAUGUUCCUGAACCAUAUAAAUAUGGUUAUUGGUUGAGGAGCUCUCAAUUUAACAGGACAGAAAUAAUUGAUGGUUGUAAAGUUAGGGGAGAUGUCAAUGUAUUUAAUAUCACUGAAACAUCUGCUAUUGUGCAAUGGGAAAAGCCUAAAAAUUGUAAUUACAUGUAUAUGCUAUAUACAGUGAAUAAAAAUCGUCAGCUUCGAACUGGAUGGUAUGUACCUGAGGGAGGUUAUGAACUAUCAAAUUUUUUCAAUAUUACCACUGUAACGGAAAACAAUCUUAUACCAGGAAGCAAAUAUGAAUUUAGAUUAGAUGUUUCAUUUCAAUCAAAUAGAAUACAAAGAAUCUCUAGCCCAUAUAUAAGAAUUAAACAUCCUUUAGAUUCAAAAAUUGAUUCUUAUCUCAGCAAAAGAUCCAAUUCAAUUGACCAUGAUGAACUCAUCAAAGUUCUUGAUUUCACUGAUACAACAGUCAAUAUUCAGUGGAGCAAACCUGAGAAAAUUUCCACCGCUGCAAAAAUGGACGUUUUUAUUAUUGAAUCAAGUCAAACUAAGGAACUUGAGUUGGUUGACGAUGUAUAUUCUUAUGGAUUAGAAAAUUAUGUGUAUCGAAUUAAAUAUUUAAAACCCGGGAGAAAUUAUAAAUUUCUAGUUGCGUAUACAGAUGGCGAGGAUGUUUAUUUUCUCAUAAGCAAAGAAAUCAUUACUGACAAUCCAUCAGUUAAGCCUAAUAAAAUCCCAGGAUCACUUGAUUAUUCAUAUAACAAUACUACUGAAACAAUCAUGUUCAAAUGGAAUAAACCUGUUAAUAGUCCCACAACUGUAAACUAUAAAUUAAAAGUUGGAUAUGGAUUUUAUCGAUCGAUUUAUAAUUCUUCAGAACAUCCAACAUACACUAUGAGUGCUUCACAACUUCCUAAUGAAUUUGAAGCCCGUCUUUAUGCUUGCAAUAUUCUCAACUGUUCACCAUCAGUCAACAUUACUAUAAGUAAAAUGUAGGUACAAUUUUUAACAUUUGUACUCAAGAAAGGUUUUCUACAGUUUUCCUGUCUUCUGUGAAUUAUUCAAAAUUGAUAAUCCAGGUAAAUGCGAGUACACUUUAUUAAUUUAAGAUCGCUGUAAGCACAAUAUUAAACAUGAUUUUAUGAAUAACUUGUAAAGUUCAUUAAGCUGUAAAACAAUUGAGUUGCCGGAAAGUAAAACCACACAUAAAAUUAUGACUCCCAUUGAAUUAAC